GUAGGCGUCUACGUUUUACGGGGCAGGGCAAAAAUAACUCCAUCUCUCCCGAGGAUUCAUCAGAGAAAACUCAAUUGUGGAUCAGUGUUGAGGGCAUAUCUCGAAACUACUUUCACAGACGCUUGACAAUAAUAUGGCAGUGGAUCGCAUAGUUCCACAUUCUGGGGGGAGACCCGAGAAGCUCAACCUUGCUUGCCCGUACUGGCUAGCCUACCCAGGUGUCGUCAACGCAUCGAAGUGUCCCACCUGCGCGCCAUCGACGAACGGUUCUCAGAAAAAGUUCCGGGAUCGUUUCGAGCUACUUCAGCAUCUCGAAGUCCACCACCGUUAUCCCAAGGACGGACCCCAGAAUAUCCCCCAAUCAGAAAGGCGGUUUUAUAUGACCCCAGACGACUGGGAAACGGUCUCGAGUAUCGUAAAAAAUGCCACGAGAAGACCUCAGGACCACACUUGGCAUCAAGUGCAGAUGGAUUCAUGGUACCUACCAAUAUGGAGGGUGUUGAUAGAUAAAACCAUUCCUGAGCCGAAAACGCUGUUUUACCCCACACCGGAUGAGCUCCAUGUCCGACUUACGUCUGUCUGUGAGAAGACAUUUAAGAAUAUCUACAAAGACCUAGAUCUCAAGAGCGUCUCAAAAGAGACGGCCGAAUCGAUAACGCACAUGAUUUCGAAAUCCGUGGCUAUGGCAAUCCUGUGCGUCCCUGGCUGGGACAGCUCGGUGCUUCAGCUCGCGUCGUCCCUGUUUCGCCGUAAGCAGUUCCUAGUCAAGCCGGCUUCUAACGACGUGGUACCCUUGGAGAAUGAGCCAGAACUUUCCGUAUCGGCAUAUGAGGUCGUUUUCUGGAGAAUGGGAGAUCCGGUUUGGGACGGGAAUUCCUUCUUGAACGUGAAGUUGAGGUGCUGUUCCGAAUGCAAGAUGGCCAAGGUCCUAACUGACUACGAGAUGUGCUAUGAGUGCACCAAGGAGUUUAUCACGAAACACCCACGCAGCUAGGCGCGGGGCGUUCACUAUUGCAUGAGGUGACAUCAGCUGGGGAUUUCAACAGCAACGUUCCGGUAUUUCAACAAUACCGCCUAGGUGUGGAUACGAAUACAGAAUCGAGUUGGGCAC